AUGCACUCGGCCGCUUCAUCUUCGUACCACCACUACCCGACGUCCAGCGAGCGGCGCUACUCUGACCCGUCCGACGAAGAAGCCCUCAACGAGGCCCAGGCAGAGGCAGCGAGCAGGAAACGCAGCAGUCGCGCGUGUGACCAGUGCCGGAAGACCAAGAGCAAGUGCGAGCGCGGGCUCGACGACAAUGCACCCUGCAAAAGCUGCGCGGUCGCCGGUCUCGAAUGCACCUUCCUCGGUCCCAGCUACAAACGCGGCCCUCCGAAAGGCUACAUCCACGCGAUCGAACAACGGUGGCACCACGUCGAGUCGAUUCUCGGAGCCAUCCUCGCCUCUCCCGACCCGAGGGCCCAAGGCCUCAUAUCGGACCUGCGCCGAGAUGAUCUUGCGCGGGAGAUCUUGAAUAGAGUUGACGCCGGUCCCUUCGGACCCUCCGGCCGGCUGCAUCACCCAGCCUCCAGUACAAAGGAGGACAUGUUCGCAUCCAUCCUCCAUAGCCAUCAGGCUUCUCAAAACCGGGAAGGCGGUCGUUCUCGAAGACAAUCUCAUAUCAACGCCCUCCCGACCCCAACGAAUGAAUGGCAAGAUCGCCUGGCGGCCCGUCUGGCGACGUCCUCGUCGUUUUCACGCAACUCGUAUGGUUAUUCUAACGGCAUCUCGUCCAAUGAGGUCAUGUACGAUCAAAAUGGUGCCCCGCUACCGCAGCGGAGGCGAUUAGACUUGGGGAGUACCCAGCCCGAUUGGAGUAAUCUGUAUACCAUGGACGACAACUCAGAUAUCGAUAACGAUAUUGAGGACGGCGAAGGGGCAGAUGCAAUAGGCCAUCUGUCGCUUGAUGAAAACAGCGAGUUACGGUAUCACGGUACCUCCAGUGGUCUUCAUUUAUUGAACAGGACGGAUCGCAAAGAUGCUAGAAAUGAAGGGGGCAUAUGGCGCAUGCCUAUGGCUGGCGUCUGGCCCCACUCUACUAUUCGCCCAGCUCGACUUCCGACGGAAGAGGAGCUUAAUGUUACUAUGCCUCCCGUCGAAACCCGAGAUAUCCUGAUAGAGGCCUACUUCACGCAUUGCCACCCGUGCUUCCCGAUCGUCAACAAAAGGCAAUUCAUGGCUGAAUACAACGAAAAAUACCACGGCUCACCUCCCGCAGACCGUGCUUCUCGAGCGGAUACGCCUGCUUCAGCGCAGGCGUCUCGACUUCUCCUGCUCGCCAUGUUCGCUUUGGCAUCUCGGUACGUUGGCCAACCGUCGACGAUGCCGAACAACGAGAUGUGGGAAGCGGGAUGCAACUACGCCAUGGAUGCUCGCGAGGUUCUGAACAAGAUCUAUCACCACAGCCGGCCGUCGACCUGCCAGGCUUUAUUACUCAUGGGACUGUACGAGUGUGGUAUCGGUUCCAUGGAAAAUAGUUGGCUAUACAUUGGCAUGGCAUGUCGAAUGGCCGAAGAUCUUGGAAUGAAUCGUAACGCGGACAAGUGGUCGUACAACGGCGCUCGCUUGUUCAACGCGGUCGAAAAACAGAUCCGGAAACAAAUAUGGUGGGGAUGCUGCUUGUUGGACAAGUACAUUUCGGUGUAUAUGGGCCGGCCUAUCAUGAUCAAUCGGACCGAUUUCGACACUCCGUUGCCGGAAGUCACGCAGGCCGACGAAGACGAGACAUGGCAACCAUUACCGCAAGAUCCUCAAUAUAACCCCAAUUACCCCCCGCUCCCCGAGAGAACGAUGAGCUGCUUCCGUGCCUCUUGCAUGCUCGCGGUCAUCAUCGGGGAUAUCAUGAAGAAGAUAUAUCCGGUACGAAUGACCACGUUCACUCGGCGCGUUGAGCUUCCCAAGCUUGAAACCAAACUCGACCAUUGGUACAUCGACUUGCCCGAGCCGCUUCGCUUCGACACCACGAGCAAGCGCACGGCCCCACCCCCGAAUAUCUUGCUAUUGCACGUGCGGUAUUGGUCAGCGGUAUUGCUGCUUCACAGGGCAUUUAUCCCAAAGCGUAAAGGGACCCAGUUGGAGUCGGACACCGUGCUCCUUAAGUCGUUUGACCUAUGUCAAACAGCGGCCAGCCAUAUGAGUGCUAUCGCCACCAUCUGGAACACGGAAAUUGGAUUGAAAUGCGGCACGCCUUUCCUGCCACCGUACAUUCUCAGCGCUGGCAUCAUGCACGUUGUUACGUUGACUUUACGGCCAGGCAACGUUCAGGCCUCAUUGGGUUUACGGCAAAGCCUAGCUGCUUUGAAGGAAAUGGAGAUCCUCUGGCCGAGCGCUGGACGCGCUUGGGAGCUGCUUGAUGGGGCUAGAGUGCAGUUUGAAGGCGUGAUAACGCCUUUAGUCGACAGUUCUGAACGAGCGAGCACCAAGCGGGGCGCAGAAGAUGCCUUCGGGCGAGAGACGAGCUCGGAGAUGCUGCAGCGAGAAGCCUUCGGUGCCCUUCAGAAGCACCCAUCACCACCACCGACGGCAGCGGGUUCCCAGGAUGUCGGCACCCGUAUCAUGGCUCACAUGUUGGGCUUGGAUAUCCCCGGGAUCGAACCUUCCACAUCGUAUUUCCCUGGUUACGAAUGGUGGCCGCAGACCCGCGGGGCCGGUCACCCAAAUAUGUCUCAGGAAACUCGCUCACCAGCUACCCCGAAUCAAUACGGCAUGCAAGGCAAUUCUGGCCCGUUACCCCCAGUUCAAGAUUGGAUGCCAGGGCCCGGGAUAAUGAACGGUUACUCGUUCGACCCGACGCAGGGCCAGCACCCGCAGCAUAUGUAA